AUGGCACAGCGCGUGGUUUUGUUUCUGCUCUGGCUCUGUGACAGAUCGAUCGCAGGGUUCCCCAAUCAGAUUAAUAUCGGGGGACUUUUCAUGCGCUCCACGGUGCAGGAGCACAGCGCGUUCAGGUUCGCUGUCCAACUCUACAACACCAACCAAAACACCACCGAGAAGCCUUUCCACCUCAACUACAACGUGGACAACCUCGAGUCCUCCAACAGCUUCUCGGUCACCCACGCGUUUUGCUCCCAGUUCGCCCGCGGGGUGUACGCUAUCUUCGGAUUCUACGACAAGAAGUCCAUGAACACCUUGACCUCCUUCUGCGGCGCCCUGCACACCUCCUUCGUCACGCCCAGUUACCCCACCGAUAAUGAGGUGCAGUUUGUCAUCCAGAUGCGCCCCGCCCUCCGGGGGGCCGUCCUCAGCCUGCUCUCUCACUACAAGUGGCAGAAGUUUGUCUACCUCUACGACACCGACCGAGGCUUCUCCAUACUGCAGGCCAUCAUGGAGGCAGCGGUGGCCAACAACUGGCAGGUGACGGCUCGCUCGGUCAGCAGCACAACGGACGCGGGCGAGUUCAGGCGCAUCAUCGAGGAGAUGGACAGGAGACAGGAGAAGCGCUUUGUGAUCGACUGCGAGGUGUCCAGGAUCAACACCAUCUUAGAGCAGGUUGUGACCCUGGGGAAGAACAGCCGUGGUUACCACUACAUUCUGGCCAAUCUUGGGUUUACUAAUGUGAGCUUGGACAAAGUCUUUGCUGGUGGAGCCAACAUUUCAGGGUUUCAGAUUGUCAACCCUGAGAACCCGAUCGUGCAGCAGUUUAUGCAGCGCUGGGAGCGGCUGGAUGAAAGAGAAUUCCCAGAAGCCAGAAACACUCCUCUGAAGUACACUUCAGCACUUACCCAUGACGCCAUCCUGGUGAUAGCUGAGGCAUUCCGGUACCUGCGGCGCCAACGUGUGGAUGUCAAUCGCCGGGGCAGCGCUGGAGACUGUCUUGCCAAUCCCGCUGUACCUUGGAGCCAAGGCAUCGACAUCGAGAGAGCUCUCAAAACGGUCCAAGUGCACGGCAUGACCGGGAACAUCCAGUUCGACAACUACGGCCGCAGGACCAACUACACCAUAGAUGUUUAUGAGAUGAAAACUGGCGGGCCGAAGAAGAUCGGGUACUGGAACGAGUUCACGCGAUUUGUAAAUAUUAUGGACCCGCAGGUCUCCAACGAGUCGUCAGUGGAAAACCGAACCAUUGUGGUCACUACUAUUAUGGAAGCUCCUUAUGUGAUGUACAAGAAAAAUCAUAAUCACCUUGAGGGGAAUGACAGAUAUGAAGGCUACUGCGUCGAUUUAGCAUCUGAGAUUGCCAAACAUGUUGGAAUUAAGUACAAACUGUCUAUAGUAAUGGAUGGGAAGUACGGAGCCCGAGACCCCGAGACCAAGACGUGGAACGGGAUGGUGGGCGAACUGGUCUAUGGGAGAGCAGAUAUAGCUGUUGCACCUCUCACCAUUACUCUGGUUCGAGAGGAGAUGAUAGACUUUUCCAAGCCCUUUAUGAGCUUGGGCAUCUCCAUUAUGAUAAAGAAGCCCCAAAAGUCCAAGCCCGGUGUUUUCUCCUUCCUGGACCCGCUGGCCUAUGAGAUCUGGAUGUGUAUAGUGUUUGCCUAUAUUGGGGUGAGCGUGGUCCUAUUCCUGGUCAGUCGGUUCAGUCCUUAUGAGUGGAACCUGGAUGAACAGGACGAGACCAAAGACCCUCAGACUCCCCCUGAUCCUCCCAAUGACUUUGGCAUCUUCAAUUCCCUCUGGUUCUCACUGGGCGCCUUCAUGCAGCAGGGCUGUGACAUCUCACCCAGGUCUCUGUCGGGCCGUAUCGUUGGUGGUGUGUGGUGGUUCUUCACCCUCAUCAUCAUCUCCUCUUACACAGCCAACCUGGCUGCUUUCUUGACAGUGGAGAGAAUGGUCUCUCCCAUAGAAAGUGCAGAGGAUCUGGCCAAGCAGACAGAGAUAGCAUAUGGCACUCUAGACUCAGGCUCCACAAAAGAGUUUUUUAGGCGCUCCAAAAUAGCAGUGUAUGAGAAGAUGUGGUCAUACAUGAAAUCCGCUGAGCCCUCAGUGUUUGUUAAAACCACACCCGAUGGCGUAGCCCGGGUACGAAAGUCUAAAGGCAAGUUCGCCUUUCUCCUCGAGUCCACCAUGAACGAGUACAUCGAGCAGCGGAAGCCAUGUGACACCAUGAAAGUGGGCGGGAACCUCGACUCGAAAGGCUACGGUGUGGCGACCCCCAAAGGCUCAGCAUUAAGAACUCCUGUAAACCUUGCAGUAUUGAAACUCAGUGAACAAGGCAUCUUAGACAAGCUGAAAAACAAAUGGUGGUACGAUAAGGGUGAAUGUGGAACCAAGGACUCUGGAAGUAAGGACAAGACAAGUGCUCUCAGUCUAAGCAAUGUGGCUGGUGUCUUCUAUAUUCUGGUCGGAGGGCUGGGGCUGGCCAUGAUGGUGGCUCUGAUAGAGUUCUGUUAUAAGUCACGGCAAGAAACCAAACGGCUGAAAUUGGCCAAGAAUGCCCAGAAUUUUAAGCCGGCUCCCCCGACCAACACCCAGAACUUUGCCACAUACAGAGAAGGCUACAACGUGUACGGAACCGAGAGCGUUAAGAUCUAG